AUGAACCACUCAACUACUCAGUCCGUUAUACAGACCUCCUUAUCUGCAGUCCGUGCACCAUACACCGAACAUCUUUAUAAAGAUGGUGGUAACCUUGAGCACCAACAAGAAUUUGUGUAUCCUUUCAAACUUAGCGCUAAGGAUGACUACUUGUACUGGCUCUUCCAGGUCACUCUCGAGAUUCAAUCUGUAUUCUCCCUGGACACUGCUCAGUAUGUGGCAAAGUACCUCCAAGGUGGAGAGAAUGAUGCCAAAGAAGCGUUACGUGAUUUGAACAGGGAUCAGUCCAAGAGGAUCAUUGACAAUUCCAACAGAAUUGCAGAAUCCAUUAUGAAGAACUGCAAGGAUAUCUUCUUGGGCAACGCGUACGCAGCUGCUUCUAGCAAGUUGGAGUCUCUUAGAAUUCGCCAUCAGAAUGAGUUCAAGUUCAACGCCGGCGAAUUUGUGGAUUACCUUACUAGAUGGGGUAAAAGAAUUUUGGAACUGGUUAACUCUGGCAAUGGUACCAAGAGGCAGCACUUGUGGAUGUUAACCUCGAACGGGUUCACUAACAAGGAACACUACUUUAUGGCAAGUUUCGUUCACCAUGGAGGCAAUCACAAGCCAACCAUCAAGGACUACUUUGAGGAGCAAGGUAUCAAGGAUAUCAACCUUGCUGACCGUUACAAUGAUUCUGUCACCACUAAUCAAUUGUACUUGAAGAAUGAGAAUCUUCCAUGGAACGGUCCCACCAUGGCUCCGAAACCCACCACUAUGUUUUAUGUGGGUAAAGGUGGGAUGUGCUCCUAUUGCAACAAACCCAAUCAUGAAGAAAAGGAUUGUUGGUACAAGUUCCCAGAACAGAGACCGCCAGUGAAGAAUCCUCAAGGAAACAAGCGGAAGAGGAACCACAAUGGCAAUCGUGGUCCUAGGAACAACAGGAACAAACGGAGAAAACCCAAGACAAACAACAGCGCACCAUUUCCAAGUCACAUUGGAUGCGUGUUUGAUGUCUCUGUUCCUGGACAUUCCCCUAGAAUGACAAACCAAUUCGGAAGUUCCCCUUUUCUUUGGGACACCGGAAGUGAAGUUCACAUUGUCAAAGACUGGGACUUGCUCUAUGAUUUUGUCAAAAGCCCUCAGGUUUUUGCAGGUAUUGGAGGCAUGAAGUUGGUCUCAGAGGGCUAUGGCAAAAUUAAGGGAACUGAUGCGAAUGGAAAUGCUAUCUUAUUGGACAAGGUUUAUUAUUUGAAGAAAUCCAAGGCCAAUAUCAUCUCUGGAAAGAGGCCAUUUGGAAUUGAGAACUUGACCUUUAGACAGCAGGAUUCCACUUUGAGAGAUGGCAAUAACAAUAUAAUUAACCGGACUGACGCUCCCGGAUAUGUAAUUGUCGACCUCAAAUGUGAAACGUUCAAGAAGCCUAGGGUAUACUUAACUGAAAAUGAGAAACAGCGCGCCUACCAAGAUGCGCAUACCCUGGUCAAUAAGGUUGAUUGGAACACUAAAGCAACCUUUUCUCAGAAGGAUCUUGAAACACACAUUCGCACAGGCCAUCCAAACCAUCAGCAGUAUGCUCAACUUAGGAAAGAGAAUCCGUGGCUACCACUAAUUGCGAGUGACAUUAGAACCCACUGUCAGGCAUGUCAACUUGGUACUAUGACAAACAAACGCAAAGAACAUGAGAGUGAGACAGUUGUUACAAGACCAUUGCAGGUAAUACAUGCCGACGUGUGUGGACCGAUUCAACCUUUCGGAUAUGAUUAUUCGCAGUACUUUCUAGUUGUCGUUGACAAGUACACUCGGACCUACUAUGUCACUCCCAUGCGGAUGAAGGGGGACACCAAAUUGGCCCUCUACAACACUCUUUCCCAGUUGAGACAUGAUUUCCCAGAUGGUAAAUUUGAUGAGUUAAGAAUUGAUAAUGGGCUCGAAUUUCAAGGACCUAUGGGCAGACAAGGUCACAUUGAGUCACUCUUACAACUUGGUAUUACUCCCAAAUACACCUCGCCUUACAAUUCUCAUCAAAAUGGAACUGCUGAACGCGCUAUUAGAGCCUUACUGGCCAAAGCGCGAGUGUUACUCAUUCAGAGCGGGCUUCCGUUGACCUAUUGGCCAGAAGCAUUUAAAAUGGCAGCCCAUGUUGAAGAGUACGAAGACGCUGACUCCCAAUUUAGUCCUGUUCCAGUUGACAAAAUGGACAUUUCGACUCCCGCGCAACUGUCUAAUGAGACGUCAUUAGACCUCGAGCAAGCAUCCACUAAAACCGAUCAGAUUUUGACCUCCUCACCCCGGAAAGUUGAGGAGGAUGUUUCUCUGUCGGCCGGUAUCUCCUCUUCCUUUGACAGGGAUGGAAUGGAUACUGAAGAGGUAGAAACGCAAGAAGCGACCCUGAGUGAACCAAGUGGAGCCUCUACAGAACCUAGGCUAGGUUCGGGAGAGCAACAGCCAUUGAGGACAGACCCGAAGAAUGAACGUCAACACAAUUCUCGGAAGUCGUCCCGGCUUGCCGAAAAGCGCCGUGCUAAGUCUGAUAUGUGCCAGAACACGGGUAAGACGAAGAAGACAAAAGUGAAAUACGCCGUGACGAAGGUGAAAUAUGCGAAAGGAAACCAAUCGGCCAAACUGGCGAAAGGGGGAAAUAGGAGAGUCAACCAUCUCAGGAGAAUCGGCCAAGUCAACAAUGCCGUCCUCGACAACAGUGUACAUCAGCCCUUUGACAACACGUUUGAUAGUCGAGUACUUUACACGGUUGAUGACUCCCUCGCCAAUUUGCCCUUCAUGAACGAUACGCAUGCUGUCAACUACGUUAACCCUAAUAAGAGGAACAAAGAAGAAGAAAAGAAUACAGUUCACUACAUUCCAGAAACGUACAAGGAAGCUAUCUCGUGUGACGACCAAGCUAAGUGGAAAGAAGCAAUCAAAAGUGAGUUGGAGUCCUUAAAAUCGAAUGACACCUUUACAGAGACAGACCUACCAUAUGGCCGCAGACCAAUUGAGUACAAAUGGAUCUUUAACAUUAAACAUGAUGGCACCUAUAAGGCAAGACUUGUGGCCAAAGGUUUCUCCCAAAUUAAGGACAAGGAUUACAAAGAGACAUUCUCCCCAGUUGUGAAGUACGAUACAGUCAAAAUCAGUUUAGCUCUAGCAACCAAACUACAGAUGAAAGUUCACCAAGUUGAUGUCAAAACUGCCUUCCUCAAUGGCCGGUUAAAGCUGGACUUGUAUCUUACUAUCCCCGAGGGACUCCAAACUCAAUCAAAUCGCAUGAAGGUACUUAAGCUAAAUGGCGCACUCUAUGGACUAAAGCAAGCUCCCUUGAUCUGGAACCUAGAGAUCAACAAGAAGUUGAUCCUGAUAGGCUUUACUCCUAAUAGAAAGGAACCCUGUCUUUACUACAAAAAUGUGAGUGGAAUAAUGGUGAUCGUGGUCCUCUAUGUUGACGACAUGUUGAUAAUGUGCAAAGAUGAAAGUGUCAUCAAAGCUGUCAAAGCUGAAUUAAAGCGAAGUUAUGAUAUCAAGGAUCUUGGGAAAGCUAGCAGGUUUCUCGGUAUGAACAUAUGUCAAACAAAUUCUGGCUACUCCGUAUCACUCAAAGAAUACAUCGACGAAAAGAUAACAACCUACCUUGACAAUGAUAAACCAUGCUACAAUCCUUGCGCAACUGAUUGGAGUGAAAAGUUGCUUCCGCUUGAUGAUGAUGAACUAUUCGAGGACCCCGGUUUGUACAGAGAAAUAAUUGGCAAACUUCUCUUUGCGAGUACAACAGUGAGAUAUGAUAUUGCUUUCAUUACAGGUGUUUUAGCUCGGUACUGCAAUAAGCCAGCCUUGAAACACUUUGAGUAUUGUAACCGCGUAUUACGGUACUUGAAAAGCACUUCUGAAUUCUCAUUGAAUUACACUUCUAAGGAUAAGAGUUCGAGGAACUUUAUCAAAGUGGCUGGUUAUAGCGAUGCUGAUUGGGGGAACUGCAAAGAAACUAGCAAGUCAGUCUCAGGACUUAUCUUCACCAUGCUAGGUGCCCCAAUCCUCUGGAAAUCGAAGAAACAAGGACCUGUUGCUUUGUCCUCAACAGAAGCUGAAGCCUAUGCUCUAUGUGAAACAACACGGAACGCUGUCUGGCUCAAAGACUUCCUUAUCUCAUUAGGACUUUGGACAGAAAAGAGAUGGAUCCCUAUCUACGUUGACAAUCAAGCUUGUUUGAACAUUGCCCUGCAAGAAAACUUUACUUCAGAAAGAACCAAACACAUUCGCAUCAGACUCAGUUACAUCCAAGACGAAUGCAAGAAUGGCAAUGUGAAUCUUAUUAAGAUUCCUACAGAAAACAAUCUAUCAGACAUCUUGACAAAGGGACUCACCACAGACACGUUCAAUCAUUUGAAGAGCUUAGGCUGA